AAAAGAAAUUUACUGAUCAAAUUGAGUGGGUUUUUAACUUUUUAUUGAAAUUUUCUGUGAUAUUCUUCUUGUUUUUCUUGAUGGAUUCUCUUAUCUGUCUUCUGAGAUUUCCCAGCGAUUAUUAAUGCAGGUAGUGAUGGAGAGUUCAGUGGUUUUGGAUUCUGGUGGUGGCCUUUCUGUUAACGGGCCAAUACGGUUGAGUACCGGAAACAAUGAAGUAGAUAGUGUGUCUGAUGAUCUAAUGUUCCUUGAUGAUUUGGAUUCUUAUUGGGAUGAUGUGAAUGCUCGUCUCACAGUAUCCAGGAUGGUGAGCAACUCUGUAAUGAAGGGAAUAGUAAAUGCUGUGAUGGAGGAGGCUUCUGAGAAAAUCGCGUCAAAAGAAGCUGAAAUAACCUUUUUGAGUGAAAAGUUGAUGUCCUGUGAUUCUAAUGUUGUCGGAGAUCAGAAUUCACAAUCAGUUCUUAUGUUGCCGGAACUCUCUAGGAUGAUAGUGGAACCUCAAGGAACCAACUUGGAGUUGUGCAGUUGCUAUUUUGAUGGGAAUGCACAUCUUAAGUUUGAUGAGAAAAUGAGCAGAUUAAGGAUCAAGUCAGAAGAACAGUUUCUGAAACUUAAAGAUGAAAUUAGGAAUUUAAGAGCUGGUGAGUCUCUCGAUGAAGGAAAGGCUGUUGAUAGGUUUUGCAACAUAGAUGGUUGUGUUAAUGCACUUGAAGAAACACUUGCUGCGAUGUAUGAAAGAAUUGGUGGCAAGUUCUUCUCACUAAAGCCUGUGGUUGCUGAGCAGCAAAGUGAGGAUGGGCUACAAAAUGAAAUUGGAAGUGUUAUGGUGGGCCUUCAGGAUGAGUUUGAGAAAGGAUUGCAUGAGCAAAGAACUCUGGUGGACACCUGUAAUGAGAAGUGGCAAAAGCAUGUUUCUGAACUUUCUGACAUCCGUCAAGAACUUGAUACUAUCUCUAGGUCUUUGUUCAGCUUAGAAUCAGGCUUUAUGUUCUCUCAGAGUAACACUGAAUGUUUGGAAGAGUGGAACAAUGCCAAGAGGAAAGAUCAUAUUUCUCGGAAUGUGAUGGGAAAAUCAUGCCUUUCUCAUUCUGAUGAAAAUUGUAACCCCUUGGUGGACAAAUCUGAUGAGGCUGUCAAGCAGGCAAUUGAAGUUACUGUCUCACCCCUGCUGAAACACAUGAAAAAAGAAGAACUCAUAGGAUAUCAUACAACUGAAAUGACUAAGAUGAAGAGACAGCAUGAAUUAGCUUUGCAAGAAAAGACAGAAGAGCUGUUCAGUCUCAAGAGGGAACUUCUGAAGGAAAAAGGUUCUAACCCUUCACAUUUUAGGAAGGACAAGGAGUUUGAACUACUUAGGAAAAAAAUUUCAGAAUUCCUUGGAAGGUUGGAUGUUAUGCUUUUGGAGAAUGGUGAGUUCCCUGUUGUUUGUGAUGAUCAAGAUGUUGUAGAGAAUUUCAUGAACAAAAUCCACACCCUCCUGGCAUUAACCAGAAGUAAGGAUGUUGCUUCUUCACAGUUAUCAUGCCAAGCAUAUCACCAUUCACUUGCAGAGAUAGACCUUCAGAAACAGAUUAGGAAGCUUGAACUGGAUUUUGAAGAUGCAAAAAUUGAAGCUAGCAUUACAAAUGAAGUACAGAAGAUUGCUCUAAAGGGGGUGGUUGAAGAAAUUGAAAGCUGCUUGGAGGCUGAAGAGAUUGAGAAUAAAUUCAUACAAGAGAUUUACCUCACUUUGUAUAUGGGAACUGUUAUGCAUGCCCUUUCUAGCAUACAUCCUGCUGUUGAUAAAUGGUAUGAAGAAAAGAAUUGCAUGGAAGCAGCUCUUUUGGAGAAGGAAAAAUCCUUGUCUUUCCGAAUUGAAGAGAACGAGAAGCUGGAGCAAGUGAUUUCAUCAAUAUCAACACUGCUGAAGGAGAAGGAGAAUUUUGCAUCCGUAGUAGCUUCUAAGUUCAUAGAACAGAAGAAGCACUUGGAUUUAGCAUCCCAAGAACUUGAAAGGUUGAGAGGCAUGGUUAAUAAGCAAGAAACAUUGAUCUUUGAGAACAAGAUUGAAUAUGAUUUGGUGAAGGGUAGAUUGGAUGAGGCUUUGCUGCAGAUUCAGGGUUACCAAUUUGAGAUAAAUAAACUGGAUCAGAAUAGUAAAUUUUUGAUGGAUGCUUUGGAUGAUGCAGAGAAACAGAAAAACAUCCUUCACACCAUUAUUCAAGAAAAAAAUGUGGCACUGUCAUCAGUGAUCUCAAAGGAGAAGGACCAAACAGAACAUAUGAAGUCCAUAAUCUUGUCUAUGACAGAGUUGUCAAGGAUCAUUGAAGAAUUUGAAUCUAGGUUGACAUGUGAUGUUGGAAAAAAUGAAUCAAGGUUAAAUAUACUGAACCAGCAAUGUGGUCAGCUGGUGCAACAGGCUGAUUUAUACGAAAGAGAGAGUAUGAGGCACAGACAAAAAUAUGAGGUCAUGUGUUCUGACUUUCAGAAGGCUGAAAUUGAGGUGGAUUUGUUAGGCAAUGAGGUUGAUGCCCUCCUGACUAUACUUGAGAUGAUAUAUAUCGCACUCGAUCAUUACUCUAAUGUGCUACAAUACUAUCCUGGGGUCAAGGAGAUUUUGGACCUGCUGAGAAGAGAGUUGAAGAAGAGAUACAUAACUGAUGUUAAACUGAGUGAAGACUAAAUGAAACAAACUGUGCCUAUCGAUCAUUUAAUGUUCAACACUUAACUUGUCCGUAUCAUCGUAUUUAGCAUUGAUAACUCUGAUGGUUUGGAACUGAACCUUUCUGCAAAAUAACAAAGGAACAAAGAUGGAGAAAGAUGCAGCUGAUAUCAUGCUUGCUUAGGGUAUUUACACUGUGAAUGUAUGGGUUAAUGUAUUAGCUUCUCCUCCUAAUCAGAACUUUCACUUAAUUUUUGGCAGUUUCUGACAAAACUCUUUGCUAGCAAUGCAUGUCAAUUGUCAUGUAACAAAAUUCUUAACAUCUUUUAUGAAUGCAAUAAUUAGUAUGUAAGAAUGUCAAAAUUGGCUUGGUGUUAUGAAUACUAUAGAAAUUGUUGAUAUUUACCGUAUCAAUAAUGGUGCUGUGGCAAGUGUUAUUACUGUAGCAUUUUGGCAUUAUUGUAUCACAGUACUACAUUUUUAACUGUAACAACUGCAUACUGUAGCGCCACAUAUAUUUUAAUGUAG